GCGGACUCGAGGACGCCGCCAGUGGACCCCCCAGGAUGCGUCACUCGCCUCAGGCUUAUCAAAAACUCCACCCGAGCCCCAAGAACGUCUUUACUUCCUCUCUUCCUGGUAGCAGCCUCGCAGUCCCGGGCUGUGGGGAUCUUACGUCUAGCCUGGACCCGAGGGUGUCGGCGCGCCUGCAGACCCACCGGCGUAGCCUCGCUUUCUUCCCAUUCACUCUCCCGCGCCGGGGACUCUUAAAUCUGACCCCUGGACCUUCCUGGUGAGGUUUGGCCUCGCGACGCCACUGCCAGAGCUGGAAAGCGAAACCGCUCUGCUCCUCAAACGGCACCGCCCGCGUCCGCCCCUGGGGCAGCCCGUAAGUUUCGAUUCUCGGCGAAGCGGUGUCCCGCGCAGCGGCCAGAGCAGCGGCAGCCAUAGCGCGCCAUGGCCGACCCCGGGGUGUGCUGUUUCAUCACCAAGAUCUUGUGCGCCCAUGGGGGCCGCAUGACCCUGGAGGAACUGCUCGAUGAGAUCGCGCUCCCCGAGGCUCAGCUCUGCGAGCUGCUGGAGGCGGCGGGGCCGGAUCGCUUCGUGCUACUGGAGAUCCGAGGCCAGGCCGGGAUCACUCGGUCGGUGGUGGCCACCACCCGAGCCCGCGUCUGCCGUCGCAAGUACUGCCAGAGACCCUGUGACAGCCUGCACCUCUGCAAGCUCAACCUGCUGGGCCGGUGCCACUAUUCUCACUCUCAGCGGAACCUUUGCAAAUACUCUCAUGACGUUCUCUCGGAACAGAACUUCCAGGUCCUGAAGAAUCAUGAACUUUCUGGGCUUAACCAGGAGGAGUUGGCAGUACUCCUGGUCCAGAGUGACCCCUUUUUCAUGCCUGAGAUAUGCAAAAGUUACAAAGGAGAGGGCCGGAAACAGAUCUGCGGGCAGCCGCAACCAUGCGAGAGACUCCACGUCUGUGAGCACUUCACCCGGGGCAACUGCAGUUACCUCAACUGCCUCAGGUCUCAUAACCUGAUGGACAGGAAGGUGCUGGCCGUCAUGAAGGAGCACGGGCUGAGUUCGGAUGUGGUCCAGAACAUCCAGGACAUCUGCAACAACAAGCACUCUCGGAGGAACCCCCCCGCCAUGAGAGCUCCUCAUUCCCAUCGCAGAGGCGGGGCCAGAGGCGGGGCCAGAGGUGGGGCCAGAGGUGGGGCCAGAGGCAGAAGCAAAAGCAGAGACCGGUUCUUUCGGAACAGUCUAGAACUUAUCCCACCUGUCUCGCCUCCGGAGUCUGGUCCACCUAGCCCAGAUGUCACCAGCUGUAAGGACUCCCUGGAGGAUGUGUCUGCAGAUGUCACUCAGAAGUUCAAGUUCCUGGGAACUCACGACUGUGCCCAGCUUUCAGCCAUUUCGUCUAAGACUCCCGGUCUCAGAGGAUCCGAUCAAAUGGCAGCAAGCCUGAAGUUUUCAGAGAAUGGGGACCCGAAUGGCUUCUUUUCUAGGAAUCGUGCUGAUUCAUCCCCAAGUCAAGCUGCCGGCGGCUUCCGUCUUGAUGUGACACAAACACGUGAAGCCAUGGCCGUGAAAUCGAGCAAGCCUUCUGGACCCCACAAGGAUGUCAAGGGCAAGAGUGAGGCUCAAGACAUCCAGAAGGUCCCUUUCUUGGGUAGUUAUGCUGGCGGAGCGGCUGUGGAAGGAAUUCUAGGUGACAGGGGCACAGUCAACGGUCUGGGAGAAGUAACAUUACCUAGCAACCAUCAGAAGAGUACAGCCUCAGGAUCCCGCACCACUGGCAGAAUUGCCGACAGUGGUCAAGACAUGGCAUUCCUGGGUGGUAAAUAUGGAGGAAACACACCCUGGCCCAUUAAAUCGACCCAUAAUGUACCAAAUGGCUCUAGUCAAAUUCUGAAUGAAACGCCUAACAACUCUGAAAGCAGCGCCACCGCCCCUGGAGUGCAGAGUCUGAGAAACCAGAUCCCGGCUAUGGCCGAGGAGAUCACCGUCCCUGGAGUGCAGAGUCUGAGAAGCCAGAUCCUGGCUUUGCCCGAGGAGAUCACCGUCCCUGCACAGGCCAGCAGGCUGCCUCUGUCAUCCCCGCUUUCCUCAAGCCACAAAAUUGAGAUCCCUGAUGACUUGGCCUUCAUCACAAGUGCUGCAUCGCCUACUGAUGAUCGUGGCCCAAAGGAAAUCUGUCAGGACCACCUGUAUAAGGGCUGCCAGCAGAGCAACUGCAACAAGAGCCACUUCCAUCUGCCCUACCGGUGGCAGGUAUUCGUAGAUAAUUAUUGGAUUGACUUCCGGGUCAUGGAGGACAUCGAGAAAGCCUAUUGUGAUCCCCAAAAUGAAAUCAUUUUGAUAGGACCCCAUCAGAUGGAUUUCCAGAAGAUGACCUGUGGUCCCUAUCUCAUCCGACGCCUGUCCACUCCUUCAUUUGUGGCACAGUCAGAGAAUUCUGUGUUCAGCACCACGUGGCUCUGGUACUGGAAGAAUGAAUUUAACAGAUAUGUACAGUAUGGGGAUGAGAGCAAAUGCCAUCCCUGCUCCAAUAUCAGCUCUCCGUACCUGGAGUCUUUGUUCCGGUCCUGUCCCAGGGGAGUUGUGCCGUUUCAGGCCGGUUCACAAAGCUACGAAUUGAGCUUCCAAGGGAUGAUUCAGACAAACAUCGCUUCCAAGACUCAACGGUGUGUUGUCAGAAGGCCGGCGUUUGUGUCGUGGAAGGAUGUGGAGCAGAGAAGAAGAGGUCCAGACCGGCAGCCAGUGAUGCCCCAGGCAGAGGCUCUGAUCCUGGAUGUUCUUCCCCAGAGGAACAUUAGCAAGUUUCCUUCCAACAGAUACGAGUUGUUGGAACUCAAUAGCCACGACGAGGAGUAUGUCAAAAUAAGUGAACUUUUUAAAGCGUCCAUGAAAUAUCACAAGAUUGCAAAGAUAAAGAGGAUUUGGAAUGAACAACUCUUCCAGGCUUUUGAAAGGAAAGCGUUAAUGAUGAAGAAGAAUAAAACUGAGAUGCACCUGUUUCACGCAACAAGCCGUGUUCAUGUGGAUUAUAUCUGUCAGAAUAACUUCGAGUGGUUUCUAUAUGGAAGUUUGGAGAACAGAUAUGGAAAAGGAAAUUACUUUACAAAAGAAGCCAUCUCUUCCCACAAAAAUUGUCCAUACGAGGCCAGAAACAGUGUUAUGUUUGUGGCCCGAGUCCUGGUUGGAGAUUUCAUUGAAGGACACAUGACGUACAAUAGCCCUCCCGCGCACUACGACAGCUGUGUGGAUAGCAGGUUGAAUCCCUCCGUCUUUGUCAUCUUCCAGAAAGAGCAGAUUUACCCAGAGUAUGUGAUUGAGUACAUGGAGCCAGAAAGAGACAAAACCUGCAUAAUUAGUUAGAGAUGACGUAUACCGCGCCGAAACCAUUCUGCUGACAUCUAGGACCAAAUCAUCCCCAGACGGUAGUUAGACUUUCGCGUUUCCUUGCUACAUUACCGAUUGUCUUAAAUCAGCCAUUCUCAAACUUUUCUCCCUCCAAAUUCAGUCCCGGGCUGUACCCCUACAAGAGCUAGGCAGUGUGCUCUUUGUUAAAACUCUCUCCGUGAUGCCAGCAUUUUGAAAAGAUUGUGUUGUCUUAACGUUACCAGUCAGGCUGACUUCCGAAUUGUCUGGAAUCGACUUCGCUCUUUCUCUUCUCCUCUUUGUUUUUCCUGUUUAUGUAGGACUGCUUUAGUUUCACUUAAAUUGAAUUGGAUAUUAGUUUGGGAAAUCUGAGAGUAAUGUAAUCAUGUUGAUUGAAAUAGGGACAUAAGACAUUGCAUUUAUGGGCAGAAAGCCUGCUGAGGGAAAAGAGUCUCAAAGUUCAAUUUAAAUGUGAUUGAGACACAAAAGCGGCAGCAAUACUAUUAUGCGACGAAACGGAUCCGAGGGGCACGUUGCUCUAGCUCUGCAUUCGCUGGAAAGACAGGCUCCGUGGAGCUGACGUUGACACACAUGUGAAGAGCCCCCACGUAUAGUUCAGAAGCAGCUCACUGGAGUCAGCUGUCCACUUAGGCUCUUGGUGUCCAUGUUCUGAUUCAUGUGAUUCCAGGGGACACUUCUUGCAGGUCAGACUUUCGUGGGAUCAUCUGGAUUUUAGUAAGAUGAAGUUGCAGUACUGGUAAACCCGAGUGCUAUUGGCAUUUGCAGGCAGAGAUAGAAAAGGGACACCAGAAACCAGGAAAGGCCGUCCCUGUUUGAAGGUCGGGCUCGCAAGUCUGGUUUGCUGGUGAGCACUAAAGCAGUACACAGAAAACGGUGUCCCACAUAGCCCUUCCCUUGCUAGCCGCAUCUGUUUGGAAAACAUAGCAGACGUGUGUCCUAAGAGCAUUUAGGAUGCCUGGACCAAUAUUUUCUUCCUUACAAAGUAUGGAUCGAAUCUUCCUUCAAUCCCCCUUUCUCAACGUUUUAUAAACAGUUCCUACAGUUUCCUGUCCUGUGUUGUUAGUGGGCAUUUGGUCAGAUGCUUUACUUUGAUGGUCUCCACCAUUAACGCUGGAUAGAUCAUUUUUUACAGCAGGGCUCUUUUCUGGGGUGCAUGCCACAAUUUUUUUAAAACUGAUUUUUCUUUUUUUCUUUCUUUUUUUUUUUUUUUCUUUUUCUCAUGUGGAAUCUCCUACUUUGGAAUACCCCUCCUCUGACCUAGACCAUGCUGUAGACAUGUAGUGUAUCCAACUACCCAGUAAGCUAACUUCUAGUUGGAUAUUUACCAGUCGUCUCUGGUUCAACAGGUCCAAAAUGGAGCCUUUCUGUUUGCCUCUUUCAAAGGGGUCAGUUCCUGGUGUGUUUGUGCCCCUCCCCCCCCGCCACACACCCCAAGCCUUAAAUAGUGUCACUUGCUCCCUGCUCCCAGGCUCCUAGCUUCCCCUAACCUCUUACACAUCAUAGUUAUUUCCAAGUUCAUUUUUCACCCCCCCCCCCACAAGCCCUUCUGUAGUCCUUGCAGUUCUUAAUAGGGUUUCUCUCUAGCCUUGGAGCCUGCCCUGGAACUCACUCUGUCGACCAGGCUGGCCUCGAACUCAGAGAUCCACCUGCCUCUGCCUUCCAAGUGCUGGGACUAAAGGUUGCGCUACCACUGGCCUGCUUCCUUGUGGUUUUUGAUGACUUUUGCACCUGAUUCUAUUCAGUGGUUCUCAGUGAACUGUUCCCCCCAGCUCCCCGCAACUAGGCAAUAUCUUUUUCAAUCUCCAAAGUGCGAUUCAGACACAGCUUCUCCACAUAAUUCUAUUAAUUAAAAAAAAAUCAAAGUUGAUAUCAUUUAAGAGGGAAAUAAAAGGUCAUAACUCCGGCACGACUUUACAGUACUAAGGCAUAAUGGAGUCGUCAGAUGCCUACAUUUACCAUGAAUCAGUGUGAGCUUGGAAGAAAGGAAUUGGAGGGACACGUAUGGACAUUAGAGUAAAAACUAAUGAUGCAAGUCAUUUGCAAAUGUCAGCUCUAUCUGUUCACGGUAAGAACGAAAUACCUUCAUUGAAAUAAAGAUACUGUACAAAAGAGCUUAUGGAUUAUCCAGACAGAGAAUGAAGAGAUAUAUUCUUACAGAUCGAGCUCUGGGUCAUACAUGAAUGUCUGAUGAGACAUUCAAAACUCGAAUAGGGCGCAGAAUAAUUUCUUAUUGUGAGGAACCGCCUAAUGUAUCGAAAGAUAGGUAGUUGGCUCUCACUCGCUAGCUAAAUCCCAGUAGUGCCCUCCCCCGCCCGCAGUCAUGGCAACCAUAGACCCUACUAGACCCGUUCAUCCUUUUAAAGGUAGAUCUUUUUUUAUAACAUCUUUUGCCAUCUUGAGGUGAUUUAUAGGUAAUACAGUCUACACAUGAGCUUAUUAAAACUUAAUUUAGCGCCCUACCUGUGUUGUAAUGGGGAAGAAACAUAAAGAUGGAAACUUUGUAAUGAACAUACACCUCAGUGUGUACGUGUGUAAGGGCUCAGGCAUGACUGUGUUCUACGCUUUGAAAGAGGCGUUAACUCUAUGAAUAGGUUUGGACUUAAGAGUCCAGCCGGGGCAACUACUUGAAAUGGGUGAAGAACGGGAAAGUGAGAAAUAGAGGAAUAGGUGACACAAACCAGACAGCAUUAGGGCACAGCGAAGCAGACCACGCCCCUUAUCUGUCUAUGGUGAAGGGAAGGGCGGGAUCAAUCACUUUAAUUUAAUGAUCAUAAGACAGGACAAGUUACAGUUUGUCUCGGAGAAGCCAAGUGUUGUGUCUCUCAGACAAACUGUAGGUCCUGCGUAAAUGUCCGACAGGACAUUAGACAGUCGCAAAGGUGCAGAAGAGUUUGUGUGUGGGACUGACCCAUUCACACACAGCAGGACGCUUGUUCUGCCUCAGGCUGCAUCUACUCAUUGCCGGUAAUAACCUUCAGAUAGAAAGCCGACCGCCAUCACUCUCGGCACGCUACCGUGAGAACCACGGGGCCUUGUUAGUGGCAGCGCUCUUGGAUUCAUUCAGCCGUUACUUCUAUUCUGUUUUACUAGAGCGUAAGCCAGAGCCUUGCUUCAACCCCCCCCCCUUCCCCCUGUUUUUAAACCACUUUGUGCCUUGGUUACGUCUAUCUGUAUCAGCCUUGUUUGCACAAUAAAAAGAAAAAAAAAAGGAA